ACUUCUCCUCACUCGUAGGACCUGAAAACAUGUCCAAACUAUAUUCUGAUAAGACCAUUUUCAUGAAAAUUGGGAUAUCAAACAUUAUUUUGUCAAUCCUUAUUUUCACCGCCGAAAGUAGCCCACCUCAAGAUCCAAUAAGAUGUUCAAAUAAAACCUUCAACUGCACCAUAAUCAACACUUAUGGGUCCUUCCCUGAUCGGACCAUUUGUCGAGCAGCUGAAGUUGUCUACCCUUCAACAGAAGCUGAGCUAGUCUCAAUAGUAGCAAAUGCAGCUUUACUAAACAGAAAAAUGAAGGUGGCGACUUCAACUUCCCACAGUAUUCCCAAGUUGGCUUGUCCUGAUGGCGAGAAUGGCCUUCUGAUAAGCACGAAAAACCUUGAUCAAACCAUUAAUGUCGAUAAAUCGAGCAUGACGAUGACUGUUGGAAGUGGGAUGACUCUCAGGGAGCUGAUUAGCAAGGCGGCCGAGGUGGGGCUGGCCUUGCCUUAUGCACCGUACUGGUGGGGCUUAACAGUUGGUGGAAUGUUGGGCACGGGGGCUCAUGGCAGCUCUUUAUGGGGUUUGGGCAGUGCUGUCCAUGACUAUGUUGUUCAGCUUCGGAUUGUCACACCCGCUGGACCUGAGGAAGGUUAUGCAAAAGUGAGGAUACUUGAGAGUGAUAAUCCUGAGCUCAAUGCAGCAAAAGUUUCUCUCGGAGUUCUUGGAGUAAUUUCACAGGUAACUUUGAAGCUUCAACCAAUGUUCAAACGAUCUAUCACCUUCAUGGAGAAGAAUGAUUCAAGUCUUGGAGAUCAAGCAUCAAGCUUUGGAUAUCAGCAUGAAUUUGCAGAUGUUAGUUGGCAUCCAAGUCAAAAAAAGGUGAUUUAUAGGGUUGAUGACCGAGUUGCCACCAACGCCCUGGGAAAUGGCCUUAAUGAUUUCACUGGCUUUCGCUCCACUCCUUCACUUGUUGUCGCAGCAGUUAGAUCCACAGAGGAGAUUCAAGAAUCAACAAAUGAUGCAAAUGGGAUAUGCUUAAAUGCGGCAACAACAAUAUUUACAUUAAAAGCGACUGCAUAUGGGUACACCAACGAUGGUAUUAUAUUCAAGGGAUAUCCAAUAGUUGGAUAUCAAAAUCGUCUGCAGGCAUCAGGCAGCUGCCUUAAUGGAAUUCAAGAUGCAUUGAUCACAGCUUGUCCAUGGGACCCUAGAGUUAAAGGCUUAUUUUUUCACCAAACAACAUUUAGUAUAGGGUUCUCAAAAGUCAAGGGUUUCAUUGAAGACGUACAAAAUCUUGUCAAUUUGGUGCCUAAGGCCUUGUGUGGCAUAGACAUUUACAAUGGCAUCUUAAUGAGGUAUGUCAAAGCUUCAAGUGCUUAUUUGGGAAAACAAGAAGAUGGGAUAGACUUUGAUAUCACAUACUACAGAAGCAAAGACCCAAACAAGCCUAGGCUUUAUGAAGACAUUCUUGAAGAGAUAGAGCAAAUUGCUAUGUUCAAGUAUGGAGGGUUGCCACACUGGGGAAAGAAUAGAAAUGUUGCUUUUCUUGGGGCAAUCAAGAAAUAUAGAAAUGUCACUGAAUUCAUGAAGGUCAAAGAAAAUUAUGACCCAAAUAGGCUGUUUUCUAGUGAAUGGACAGACCAAGUUCUUGGGUUGAAAAAUGGGAUCACCAUAGACAAGGAUGGCUGUGCUUUGGAGGGCCUUUGCAUUUGUUCUCAAGAUAAUCAUUGUGCCCCAAGAUUGGGCUAUUUUUGUAGACCGGGAAAAAUUUACAAGGAUGCUAGGGUAUGUACCCUAUCAGCAAAAAGGUGAAGAAAAUACUUAAAGUCACAAAAAGAUCUAUACGUAGAAUUUUGGACUUUCUAGGAAAUAAAUUAUUUUUGUAACGUCAUAUAACUAAUGGAAUUUUCCAAU